AUGCACGGUCGAUUCCAAUGGGCCCGAGCGCUCAUCGAUCAAGGAUCUGUGUCAUCCUUUAUAACCGAAAAUUUAGUGCAGUCAUUAAGACUUCCGAAAUUAAAUACCGCUGUUAGGGUAACAGGUAUCGGCGAAACGCAGACAAGCGUUCGACAUGCCGUUCAUCUAACGAUAACUCCCAGCAACGCGGACACUCCGGUUUAUAGAACCACCGCGUUAAUUUUAAAAUCGUUAACUCGAUAUUUGCCAAACCGUCUCGACAUUCCAGAGCAAUGGCCGCAUUUGAAUGGCCUUUCGUUAGCUGAUCCCGAUCCCGCAGGAUCAGAUCCAAUAGAAAUAAUUAUCGGAGCGGAUCUUUUCGGGUCACUCAUCCUCGACGGCGUUCGAAAAGGCGCGGUUGACGAACCGAUCGUUCAAAAUACCGCGCUAGGCUGGAUCAUAUCCGGACCUAUAGCGCAACUCAGACCGCUCUCGCAGUCGUCCAUUGGAGUACAUCAUUGCUCUGUUACGGAUGAUCUCAAUCAAACUCUCCGCCGAUUUUGGGAAAUCGAAGAAAUUCCCGCUUCAUCGAAAAUAACUAGUGAAGAAAAAGCAUGCGACGACCAUUUUAAUUCGACACACUCUCGAAAUUCUGAAGGUCGCUAUAUCGUCAGACUUCCAUUUAAACACGGACCUCCACUCAACAUUGGAGAAUCUCGACAUUCCGCGCUUCAGAGUUACCUUCGCACGGAAAGCCGCAUUAAAACAGAUUCAUCGAAAUCGUCGGAAUAUCAUAAUUUUUUAAAAGAAUAUUAUGAUCUGAGACACAUGCAACGCGUCUCAGAAACCGAACAAUUAAUCGACUCGAAUCAAAUCGUAUAUAUUCCGCACCAUGCCGUAUUCCGCGCUAACAGUUUAACAACGCGAAUACGUAUCGUUUUCAACGCUUCAAGUCGAACCUCAAACGGUACGUCAUUGAAUGAUCAUUUAUAUCCGGGCCCUAAACUUCAAAAGGACCUUGCUGCAGUGAUUUUGCGUUGGCGCACAUUUCGAUACGUUUAUUCCGCCGACGUGGCAAAAAUGUAUCGCCAAAUUCAAGUCGAUCCUCGCGAUCGUGAUUUCCAGCGCAUCUUCUGGCGGCCAUCUCCAACACAUCAAGUUGAGGAGUAUCGUCUCUGUACCGUAACGUACGGCAUGACUUCAGCUCCGUACUUAGCUUUGAAGGUCAUGAAUCAACUCGCCAUAGAUGAAGGCGCUUCAUUUCCAUCAGCCACAUCCGUUAUCGAUCGUCAAAUGUACGUCGACGACUUUAUCUUCGGCGCCGACGACAAGGUUCUCGCUCGUCAAACUCGCGAGCAGAUUGUUUCUCUUCUCAAAAGAGGUGGAUUCACGCUACGAAAAUGGGCAAGCAACGUGUCCGAACUCCUUGACGAGAUCGAAGAUACCGACCACGGUCAAAGCCGAGAUCUAAACGAAGAUGAGAGCUUGAAAAUUCUCGGUCUUACUUGGCAACCAGAUCGCGACAUCUUCAAAUUUACCAUUACGAUUACAGGGCCUCCUGGCAACACCAAAAGAAGAAUUUUAUCCGACAUCGCCAAAUUCUUUGAUCCACUUGGAUGGGCAACUCCAGUGAUUAUUCGCGCCAAAAUUUUGAUGCAACGACUUUGGAUCGCUAAAUGUGAUUGGGACGAAGUCGCUCCGCUGAAUCUGCUUGAAGCCUGGCAGCAGUAUCAUACUCAUCUUAAACAGCUAGAAGAGGUGAUGAUUCCACGUUGGAUUCAACUCGGCCAUCACGUACUGCAUCUAGAGUUGCAUGGAUUCUCGGAUGCAUCUACCAAAGCAUACGCUGCAGCGGUGUACAUUCGCGUUGUCACGGUGGAUGGAAUGGUCUCGGUCAAUCUUCUUGCCGCAAAAUCAAAAGUCGCUCCUGUCAAAGUAAUGAGUGUUCCGCGACUCGAGUUAUCUGCAGCUCAAUUACUCGCACGGCUCAUUCAUUUCAUUCGCGAAGCUCUCGACUUUCGUGAGGUAAAUGUUUAUUGUUGGACCGAUUCCACAAUUACUCUUGCCUGGCUGAGCCGACCUUCUACUACAUGGAAGACAUUUAUAGCGAAUAGAGUAGCCGAUAUUCACACGCUACUUCCGGACAUUCCAUGGCGUCAUGUCCCAACAAAGGAAAAUCCUGCCGACUGCGCAUCGCGCGGGAUCUCUCCCGACGACCUUGCCACAAACCUUCAAUGGUGGUCAGGUCCCGAUUGGCUUAUUAAAUCUUCCGAUUAUUGGCCAAAAUCUGACUCGGAUUUCGAUCCCCACGCGCUAAGCGAGCAACGCGCGCAACCACAAUCGCUCACUACAUCCGUUAUCGCAUCGUGGGACCUAUCACAACGUUAUUCGUCAUGGCACAAACUCCUUCGAAUAACUGCAUACAUCUAUCGAUUCGUAACGAAUUCCCGCUCUCGACAUAUCAAUCUCAAUCUGAAGAUACAAAACCCUAGAGCUCCGAUCUACCUAAAUCCGAUUGAAAUUAAGUCCGCUGAAAUCUUUUGGAUUCGUUACAUUCAAUCAGAAUUGUUUCAUAGCGAAAUAUCAGCACUCAGUACGGCAACUCCAAUCAAGAAAUCUAGCACACUGCUUUCAUUAAAUCCUUAUCUCGAUAAUGAUCAAAUAAUUCGAGUCGGUGGCAGGCUAAGGAACGCCACCUUACAAAGCGCCGUUCGCAAUCCGAUUGUCCUAAAGGACCAUACCUUGGUCAGGAUGAUCAUCAUGGACACCCACCGACGAAUGCUGCACGCUGGAUCUCAAUUAACAUUAGCUCGGAUUCGAGAGAAAUUUUGGAUUCUGCGAGCACGAUCUCUGGUCCGCGCUGUACUCUACAAAUGUGUAUCAUGUACACGAGAAAGGGCUCAGAUUCCUACCGAGCUCAUGGGCGAUCUUCCGAAUGUAAGAGUAAAUCGCUCAGCUCGAGCAUUCGAACAUGCCGGUGUCGAUUAUGCCGGUCCAAUUCUUAUACGAACCUCUCGUGGACGAGGUCAUAAAGCGCAUAAAGCCUAUAUUGCCGUGUUCGUUUGUAUGACGACAAAGGCGAUCCAUCUCGAGCUCGUUAGCGACUACUCGUCAGACGCUUUUCUCGCCACAUUAAAUCGUUUCGUUUCUCGUCGCGGAUAUCCUGCAUCGAUUUAUUCGGAUAAUGGAACCACAUUCCAAGGUGCCGAUCGCGAACUUAAACUCGCAAUCGCGCAGGCUUUAAAAAAUUCGGAUUUGCAAAAUACGCUUUCGACCGACGGAAUAAACUGGCAUUUCGUGCCUCCUUCCGCUCCCCACUUCGGUGGAUUAUGGGAAGCUGCCGUACGCAGCGUCAAAUACCAUUUAAAGCGCUGUAUCGGUUCACAUACGCUCACAUUUGAAGAAUUAAAUACCGUUCUUUGUCGUAUCGAAGCGUGUCUUAACUCGAGACCUAUUGGGUCUGUGUCCGAAAAUCUCGAUGAUUAUCAUGUAUUAACACCGGGACACUUCCUCAUCGGAGGACCCAUCUUAGCUGCGCCACAGCCAAGCGUUCUCGAUCUUAACGAAACUCGUCUUUCCCGCUGGCAAUUGUUGCAACAUAUUACAGAAAAAUUUUGGAAAUCAUGGUCAAACGACUACUUAUUAACGUUGCAGCAGCGGCCAAAAUGGAAAAUUGCGCAACGACUUGCGACUGUAGGCCGAAUCGUUCUCUUGCGGAACGCACUUGCUCCUCCGUCUCACUGGGAGCUCGGACGUAUCAUCGAAUGUCAUCCCGGCAACGACGGACUCGUUCGCGUCGUUACCGUGCGCACCGCGCGUUCACAGUAUAAGCGUCCAAUUGUAAAAUUAUGUUUUCUUCCGAUCGAUAUCAAUACUUCAAGCGAUCAAAGUUCCGCCAUGGCGGGCGGCACCGAUUCCGAUUAG